AUGUCAACGAUACUGAAAAGUCAGCCUUUGCGAAAGGAACUUCUUCUUCACAACCUGGUUUCAUUGGGACCAUUACGAAAGGAAGGAGGGUUUGAUUUGGAUCUUACUUACAUAACUGAGAACAUUAUUGCAAUGGGAUUUCCUGCUGGUCUGGGAAAAUACAAAGCUUACAAUCUAUGUUCAGAGAGGUUGUAUGAUGUAUCACUAUUUGAAGGGAAGGUGGCCAGUUUCCCAUUUGAUGACCAUAAUUGCCCACCAAUCCAUUUGAUUACAUCAUUUUGCCAAAGUGCAUAUUCCUGGUUAAAGGAGGACAUAGAGAAUGUUGUGGCUGUUCACUGUAAGGCUGGAAUGGCAAGGACCGGGCUCAUGAUAUGUAGUCUUUUUCUGUAUCUGAAGUUUUUUCCGACUGCUGAAGAGUACAUGGACUUCUACAAUCAGAAACGAUGUGUGGAUGGAAAUGGGCUUGUGCUACCUAGCCAAAUUAGGAAGCUACCUUCACCUGGAUUCAUGGUCGAAAUAGUUCUUGCUGAUACUAACCCAACAACCCCUAGUUCUGAAACAGCAUCCAAGACAUUUGUAGAAACUCCAGCAGCUAAUUCUUCCCCUGUAGAGGUUAUCACACCAGCUCCAUUACCCAAUACAGAAUCGGAGAACCCUGAUAAGAAGGACGAUGUGUUCUCGGAUAACGAAGCUGACUCAACUGGCCCGACUGCCUCUUCCCAAACCCCAGAAUCCAAACAGAGCACAGAUGGCACCUCUGGUCUGGCCGAGAAAGUGUCUAUUUCGGGUAACAAAGGGUCAUCUCCACAGCUGGUGCACGGAAGUAAGGCUGAAGCAAGAGAGAACUCUGCUGGGUCUGGGGUCAACGCGUCAAGCUCAGAGAGUAGUGAGUUCAAGGUUAUGGCGGCUGAUGCAUCUGUGUUCUCGUUUGGAGAUGAAGACGACUACGAAAGCGACUAAA